AUGUCUGAUGACGAGUCGUUUAUUCAGAGCGAUCUUUUCGCAGAGCCAGAAGGAUUUUACACACCACCUCCUGAAGCUCAUUUUGCGCAAUACGAGAGAAGUGUGGUGUCUGAAGUCUCCAAGUCGCAGACACGUACUGUAAAUCUGCGCUUGGUUGGCUCUUCUCCAUUGUGGGGCCACCUGCUUUGGAACGCUGGCAUUUACACUGCUAAACAUCUUGACAAAUUUCCAGAACUUGUACAGGGCAAAUGCGUUCUCGAGCUUGGUGCGGCGGCUGCUUUACCUUCUGUGAUAUCAGGUCUUAUUGGCGCACGUAAAUGCGUGGCGACAGACUACCCGGAUGCGGACCUAAUAUACAACAUUCAGUAUAAUGUGGACCACCAACUUUACGACGGGAAAUCAAAAGCUGAUGACAUAACCAGGGACGUAGUUGUCGAAGGCUAUAUUUGGGGUAACGACUAUGAGCCGCUAACAAAACAUCUUCCUGCGGGAAAAGAUAAGUUCGACCUUAUCAUUCUGAGCGAUUUGGUCUUCAAUCAUACUGAGCAUUUAAAAUUGUUGAAGACAACGCGGGAGCUUUUGGCGAGAGACGGAAAGGCGUUGGUGGUAUUUUCGCCCCACAGGCCGUGGCUUUUGGAUGACGAUUUGAAGUUUUUCGAAACCGCCUUGGACUUCGAUCUAGUACCAGAGAAGAUUGAAAUGGUUAAUUGGAAGCCCAUGUUUGUGGAGGACGAAGAAACGAGUGAAGUCAGAUCUAGGGUAUACGCUUAUUACCUGACGCAUAAAGGGCCUUGUAGUUAG